UUGAGUUGAAAGCAAAAGUAAAUUUUUUGACACUGAAAGACUUGAGUAUAAAAGCUAAGCACCUCCGUGGUAAAAAACAUUAGCAACCCAUUUGUUCUUCUGUCAACACAGACCUCCUUAAACAAAACCCAAAAAUCCUUUCAAAAUGUUCAAGUUGGUGGUGUUGUCUGCUCUUCUCGCUGUAGCUGCUGCCCGUCCAGGACUCUACCAUGAAGCUAGCCCAUUGGUUUACUCGGCUCCAUCCAUUGUGCAAGAACACUCACUUGCCAAGGUAGGCGCCAUCGUCAAGAGUAUCCCAACAGCUGUUUCCCACCAGAGCUCCACUGUUGUCCACAAUUCAGCUCAUGUUGUCCAACCAAUUGUUGCUCCAGUUGUAAAGACCUAUGCUGCUGCUCCAAUCCAUAGUGCUCCAUUGGUUCACUCUUCAUAUGCUUCUUUGGCCGCUCCAGCUCACAUCAGCUACGCUGCUGCAUCGCCUCUUGCAAUCCAUUCAGCACCAAUUUCUUUGCAUUCGGCUCCAUCAGCUUAUGCUUAUGGCCAUGGUUGGUAAAUUGCUUGAUAUUUUCGACGAAACGAAACGGGCAGUUGGACAGUUAAAUUUAUUUAUUUGUUAAAACGAAACGAACGGCGAUAAUUUAGAAAAAUUUAAAUGUACAUACAUAAAUAAACAAUUAUAAAUGAAACGAAAAUUAAA